GAGGUCUGGACACUACGGGUAUUGAUCUCGACUAACGGUCACGAAGGAAUUCCCGCUCUUCCGAUUUAUGAACGUUGUCGAGAACCAGAUACACUUUGCUCCCAGAGCUUGAAGCGUUCAGUUCUUUCACGACCCUCUCCCGAAACUCGUCUCAUUUCACUUGACUCGCCAAAUCCACGCAACUCGCGCUCGAAGUAGUAGAAUCUCGAACCGAUUGAAGGAGGACGAUUUCGUUUGUGAGCGAAUCAACGUUUGUCAGAAAGCUUCAUUCUUGAUUUCGUUAACGAAAUCCUUUUUUUAUUCUCCGUGACUAGAUUCAUGAGUGUUGUUUGUCUCUCGCGUUGAUUGAUCAUAGUCGAGAAAGCACAGGACUAGAUUUACGAGUCUCUUUUAAAAUUCUGACAGUGUUUUUCGAUUUGCACUGGGCCCUCUCGCUGAGAAGAUUUCGCUCUUUUUUAUUGAUCUGAAUCUGGUUUAUUUAGCUCAGGCAUAGUGAAUUGUUUCCGUGAGGGGUACAUAUUGAGCAUCGGAUCAACCAGGGAAGGAAUCCCACGAUUUGAAUCUUCACUGAGUCUGGUGGAGAUAGCAAUUUUUUGCCUCAUCUUUCGAUUCUUGUUGGAUUAUAUUGUCUACAGAGGUUUCGAAAUCCAGCUUCGCGAAGGCAUCUAGUCUUGGUUGGCGCAAGACAAACAGUGAUUUGGCUGCAAGAUGGCGCUCUCGAGCCGCGGCCGAACUUCUAUGUACGAUGAGAACUCCGUUCACGCAGGCAAGAUGCCCGUCGCAGGGGUUCAAGGGUCGAAGUUGGGAGUAAACGGUAAUCAGGUGAUUGGGAAAUCCACCGGGGGCCUGAAACUGCAGCAAUCGGCAACAAAUGAGCGUAAAAUUCUCUCAGAUAUCAGUAACACCAAGGCACCUUCUCAUGCUUCAUUCGGCACUCCCAAGCCUUCCCCAAAACCAGGUUUUGUGCCAUUUCGGGAGAAUCAGACCACAAAAGUCGACAAUAUUUUCAAGUCCGAGAAUUUACCACCGAAAGCAGGCCAGUCUCAGUCUUCCCAGAAAGCAGCAGCAAGAAUUCCGCUACGCAACAUUGUCAACGAGUCAGCUCCACCAUCAGUGAAGGAGAAUGGGCCAGAAGUAGUACAGCAGAAGCCAAAGCUCAAGACAGGAGCCCCCAAAAGACUCGGCAGCAAAGCCACUGCGAAGAUCCGACUCACCGAUGAGCAGUUGCGUUUAGCAGACGAAUGGGCCAAGGAAGACAUUCAACUAGAGCAGAUCCACUUUACUGGAGAUGAUAUCGAAGCUCUUCGUGAGAAGAUGAUUGAUGCUGAGAUUGAAGAAACCGUUGCCUUGGUGCGGAACUAUCGGGGAGGGUGGUUGCCGUCUGCUACAGGGAAGCCUUCGGAAUGUAAUGAGGAGGAUUCUCUACGAUAUGCCGAUGGGUGCUUGAAGCUUGACCGUAGCUUCGAUGAAACUGCCUUCUCCGCUGCUCGUGGCAAUGACGUUUUCGAUGUCGAAGAUAAUCUAAGAACGGAAGACCUGAAUUUGAGCGCAAUGAACAAUUCACUGUUCUUGGAUGAAGGUUAUCCAUCCAUUCCUGAGGGCUGGACCCUGCGUGAGGAAUUUGCGACAGCUUCAACAUAGGGUGGUUUAAAAAAGCGCUCCUCCAGGGCCCUAGUUUGGAUUACAUUAGCGAUGGUGUUAUCACAGCGAUAUCACGAAUGGUGGUUUUGAGUAGAAAAGCCUGUGCAGUGUACAUAUACAAUUCACCAAGUGAAUCAAACAAUCUAUGAACAGUUCAGGGUCGUUCUCGUCCCCUGUCCACACUAGUCCAUUACCUCAUGCCAAAGUGGCGAAUAUGAUCAGUAACUUUCGUCAUUGUACUGUUGGCUGUGUGCACAUUUCUUGAAUCCAGACGAAUGUGACGAAGCAAAUACAAACAUCAUAAAUGCAUCUCAGCCUUCUGGUUACCCCAUCUGAAACUCUUCUAAUUUUGCUCGACGACUUGAAUCAUUCCACUGUCUGCAUCUUUCACGGCUGAAAU